AUUACGUUCAAGGAGAGCGAGGGGAGGGGAGGAUUCCGGAGGGGGCCACGGGGAGGAAGAGGACGGAAAGGGGGCGAGGUCUCUCCCUUUGCUGCUAACAAAAAGUUGCCGUCGAGUCUCGGCCGGGGAGGCGCAGCUGUUAAGGGCCAGCGGGACCAUGCGGGGACUGGCCGUCUUUGUUGCCUUGGCGCUGGCGCUGCUGGCCACCCAUUGCAGAGGGCAAGACUUCGACUUGAGUGAGGCACUAGAUCCUGCAUCUCCAACAACAAAGCCUACUACACCUGACAAAAAACAGCCUGCCCCCCCUGCCAGGAAUCCAGCAGAUGAUGGCUUUAAUUUAGAAGAUGCCUUCAAUGGUGAUGAACCCAAAAAACCAGCACCACCACCAGCACCUCAGCCACAACCUGGAAGUCAUGAUGACAGUGGUGGAUUUAGUGACAAAGAUUUAUAUGAGGGUCAGCUGCCUACACCCAAACCCGAACCAGCUUCCCAAGGAAUGCUUGCUGGCAUUAUAAGCUCAGUAGUUGUGGCAAUAGCUGGGGCAGUGUCAAGCUUUAUAGCUUACCAGAAGAAAAAGCUUUGCUUCAAAGCAGGAGAUCAAGAAAAUGUUAACAUGGAAAGCCAACAAGGAGCACAUGCAGAACCUCCUGUUCAGCGUACGCUUCUGCAGAAGUCAUAGUGGAAUUUAAGAUGAAAAGAAGACCAGAAGGUCGAUAGAGAACCUGCAUAUUUCCCUGAAAAAAAAAUACAACACAUUUUAAGCAGCAAAGGAAAUAUUCUUUGAAAUGACAAAACAGUGUUAAAGUAGUCCUGUUGGAACACCUUCUGAAGUACUUCUGAAAGUACUUGUAUCUGUGGUUUACCCUCUAGAAAGUUGCAUAUUGGCUAACUAUUAGCUUUUAAACAUGUAUUUUUGGAAUUUGUUGCUUUUAUCCUGAAGUAUUUGUCUUUUGCCUUUUAGCAAGAAUCUUAAAAUUUGAAAUGAUCUUAGAAUAUAUGAGCAACAAGCCUUUAAGAAGGCUAAAUAAUGAGGAGGGCCCUAUAUACUGCACGAGCACCAGAGAAUCACAAUCCAUUUUUGCAUUCAGGCAUAUAUGUCCUUUGAGAUAUCUCCUCUUAGAAUUAAUUAUUGUCAGCAAGUGCUUUAAGCUACAGUGUGCUGGCAUUUCUGCUCCUUCCCUUCUUCUUUGGCCCCUGCCCACUGCAGGAAUUCCUCCUUUCCAGCUUCACUGAAGUUGAAUUCCAACCUAAAUUCUGAAAUCCCCUUUGGAACAGACUAAACCUGUUUGUCCCUAUUGACUCCAGCUAUUGAGAAUCAACCCUCUUUCUGUGUGUAUCACGACUAUGGCAAGUGUGUGGGAAAAACAAUUUGGAACAUGCUUUUGUCUGCAGCUUUUCCAAGAUGCAAUUUCUAAAGUCCUUUUUGAUUCUGAAGAAACUGGCAUUGUACCUUUGUCUUCCUAUGCAAUAUAAAAAGUGAGGGUGCUUUGUGCUUCUUAAUAUUUCUCACUCAGAAGUGAUGUCAAAAAAAUCCAUAAAUAUAGAAUAAUGGAAUAAGUGGCCAAUAAGGCCAUCAAGUCCAGCCCAUUGCUCAAGACAUGUUAUGCUUGCAGCCUUUCAUCUACCAAUUUUUUUUUACCUUGCAUUAAAAUAUAGACGUAGCAGUGGAAAUAGAGUUUCUUUUCUCCUCCCCCACCCAACAUGACUGACAGUAAAGUUCAGUGUAUGCAGCACUAGUUGUUUCUCAAUUCACCCAACUGUUGUCUCCGAGGCCAAAUUGUGUUAUGUUAGGGUACCAAGAUUAGUGCAGCCACCACAAUUUGCCACUUAGAUCUGUGUUGUGGCACAUGCCUCUUUAUUAAUUACAAAGUGCCCUGCCAGCAGUUGUGUUUACAAAAAAUUGGCGUACUGUACUUCUUUUGAACAAAAAGGCAACAAACUUCCAAUAAUGAGAUUUAUUUGUUCAUUUGCAGAUGCCUUAAGUAGUACACCAUGAAGUGCCAUUAAGAUAAUCAGUAGGAAGUAAUUGCUUAGAACAAUGUGAGCUGAAUAUUCUAUGUUGUUUCAUUUAAUGAGGAGAAAGGCCUUGAUGAUGGGGCCACUGGGAACAUGUAAGUAGAUUGAUUUCAUUAGAGGAAAUUAUUCUUAAAGAAUCUCUGAAAUCAGUUUCAGUUUCAAGGUUAGCACCAGUUUAUGAUAAAAAAAAUUAAACCAGUUACAGUAUAUCAUUAAAUGUUUGAUUUAAAGUAUUGCUUUCUGAAAACUGUCAUAGUUUCUAGCUAAGUAUUUGUGAAUGUAAUUGAAACAAACCAGGACACAGAAUGUGAUUUCUGCAUGAUUGGCCUUCUACAGGACAAUAGUGAGUGAUGAUUUCUUACUUAAACUGGAUGGACAUUUGUCAUCCUUUAAUUCUCCUUGUUUCGAUUAUAUAGUGGUAAAUUUGAAAGCCCAGGUGCUCAUCAUGGCAGUUCCCAUAGCUACUAUUGCUCCCAUAAGGAGAGUCCAGAAUUGUAGGAACCUGGAUUGACCUGUAUCAACAAAUCAAGAACAGGUAUUUUGCAAAGUUAAUGACCCUUAAUUGCCUAUUCAAGACCAAAUCACCCUCAGCAAUUUGCAUUUGGACAGCAUGAGCUUGCAGUGGUAUACCUGAGAAAGUCUAUUUCUCUCCCUGCUGCAGUGACUGAUUUAGCUAAGCAUGAAACCUGAGAGGGGCAGAGGAUAAUGCCAUAGGCCUUGCUACACAAAUCCAUGGCCUCUAUGCUGAGCCCUGGCUCCACCAUACUACUGCCCCCCUUGCAUUAUACUAAAUGAAAGAUCCAUUUCACAUCACGGUAUAUAACUUUAUACAUAUGUUCUGUACCAACCAUUUGUCUUAAUAUAUUCAAAAAGAAUAUAUGAGGUGACUGCAAAUUGCUUCUACCAAGUGGCAAUAUUUUUAUAUGACACUCAUUUUGUAAACCAAGGGCAAUGCUUUAUAUUUGAUUGCUUCUAAUUUCUGAAAAUCUUUUGUCAUUCCUAAGCAGCAUGGUUUUGGCCCCAAAUAAGCUCAUUCUGUGUAACAAAGUCUUCUAGAGACCAUGCUCUGAAUUUGGGCGCAAUAGCCCAUUUUACACAUUGUUACCUUGGGAAGCAAGUUCCGCAGGGUUUAGUACAGCUUUAUUUCCAAGUAAGUGGGUAUAGAGUUGGCUGUUCUCCUAUAAGUCUACUUGGGAAGUAAAGUGUCUUAGGAUUCUGUGAGACUUGGCUUCCAAAUUUGCAUCUAAUUAGACUGUUAAGCUUCAUAAUGACAAACAUUGUUAUAACUCAUCCCAAGAGUAUUUCAUGUACAUUUUGUGAUAAAGCAGCAUAAGACUGAUCAAUAGCUGUUUGAGUUUGUUCCAAGUUUCACCUAGAAUUCUGCUCCUGUAGAGUGUGAGAACCGAGAAUCUGGAAAUAAAGACCUAAUAAGUGUGAUACUUCUUUUCUU